AUGGAGCUCAAUACGUCGGCGGCGAUUUGUGAUGUCAAUCUCGAGAAGUCGUAUCUGCUCGAUUUCUCCAAAGAAAUGGUAGCGUGGGUAAAAAGUGAAGGAUAUUCGUUGCUCGACAUCAAUCUUUUCCCCAAGCCGACUCUCGCUGUGACAACCUCCAAGCGCUCGAAAUCUACACCAGAUAUUGGAAAGCAAGUCGCCACCUAUCUUUGGGAUAACUACAUACAGUACGAUUCGCUUUUCCGUAAAAGUUGGGGUGUCAUGGAUAAUUUUCUCCCGGAUAACAGACUCUCUAGCGCACGAAGAAUCAUAUUGAUUGGGCAUGGUCCCGGUGGUCAAGCAAUCAUGGAUCUACUAGAGAACAGAACUAUGAGCGUAACCAAUACCGUCCGGGCAGUCAUUCAAGUCGUGGGCCAUGACAAGGUUCCUAUCGUACCAAAAUACUCUGACGAACUCAGAGUAUGGUAUACCCAGCACUCUUACGUAGUGUUACCAUCCAGACACCGGGUGUUGGGACCAGAAACGAGACCGAGAGAUCUAAAACGACACGGACACUUAAGUCCUAUAGAGGAAAACAAGCCUAUCAAGAUGAUCAUGCGGGCUCUACCAGGCAUUCGUGAAUAUGUAAAGACUGUUCUGGAAGAUUCCUAA